GUGUUCAUAAACAAAGAUGGCGCAGCUCUGAAGUGACGCUUUGUUACGUUUUGUACAAAUUGCAGGAAAUUCUGAGAAAUUAUCGAAUUUAUUUAGCUAAUUAAGGUCCUACAGUUAAAGUGCGAAUUUCCUAACAAGAACAAUAUAACAAUGACGUAACAUACAACUGCAACAUUGCAACAAAAUAAAAUAAACAAACUUCCUUCAGGUGGUGGUGAAUGUCUCAACAAUGCUGUCAGGAGCUGACGAAGGGCCGGUGUACUACAGAGAGAUACAGAAGAAUGCCUUCCUCAAGCGCAUCCCCUGUGAGCCGGCUAGUGGAAAACUGCGCCCGCUGGCCACCAAGAAGCCGCCGCUCAAACCGAUGUGGACCCUGUUCUGCGUCCACAACGGUCGCACGCCCUUCCUGGAGCAGUACCCCGAGCCGGACUGCGCCGCGACGCUGGCGCACCGGCCCGCCUGGCGCGCCUGCCUGCGCAGCGCCCGCCACGUCACCGCCAGCGUCAAGCCGCACGCGGGCGACGAGUACGACUUCCUGGUGGACACCGACCACGGGCCCGUCAGGAUGCUGGCGCCCGACUGGGACUCCAUGCAGGACUGGGUGACCAUUCUCCGCGCGAAGCUCCACGAGCUGCGCAUAGUGUCGCGGGGGGAGAACGUGUACGGAGCCCCGCCGGUGGCGCCGGCGCCCCGCGCCGCCGCGAGGGACCCCACGUCGCCUCUCCCGCCUACCCCGCCCGUACCUCCCGACCGGGUACCUGGGAUAGAUCUAACUCCAAUCACACGGCCGACAUUAGAAACGCAACCAACGGACAGCUCAACCGCAACUACAACCGCAACCACGGCAACUAACAACGCAACAGAAACAACCACUUCAACGACAGCUAACAACAAUCCCAACACAAGAACAACCAGUUCCACAACAAAUCUUAACGUAUCAACAAAUGUAACAUUCGCAUCUACAAACGCCACAAACGCAACAAAUUUAGUUUCACUCACUCCAAUAAAUACAUCAAGUGACACACAACCAAACGCAAAUACAAGUGUAACAGAUAUUAAUAAUUCAAACGCAACUUUAACAAUUACAAACGAAAACGCAAACACAGCUACAUUUACAAACGCAACCAGCUUAGCAAAUUUCACUAACGCAACCUCAAAUAUAGCAACUUUUACUAACGCAACCAAAACUUUUACUAACGCAACCACUAGUUGCUUAUCAAAUUUCACCACUACAACCUCGAGUAUACCAAGUUUUACAAACGCAACCACAACUUUUACUAACGCAACCACUAGUUUGUCAUCUUUUACUAACGCAACCACUAGUUUGUCAUCUUUUACCAACGCAACGACCAGUUUGACAAGUUUUACUAACGCAACCACAAGUUUGACUGAUCAACAGUUGACUAGCGAGGUUGACAUAUCGAAUUGGGAACCAUUUUCGCAACCAAGCACCAGUAGGUUGAUAGAACCGAAGCAGAGUGUCGCUAAGAUAUGUGGACAGAACAUAUGUCUGGACGAUUCUAUAUUGAAAAGAAAUGUAACAGACAGUGAUGAAGAAUUCUUUGCUGAAAUUGACAAAAUACACGAUUCCGCUGAAAAUUUGAACGAAUUUGGUUACACACAGCGCGUGGUUGUUAGCAACGGGACGGACGACGCACCGGACGAAGACAGUGCACCCCAAAGAACCAACAUAACAGUGAUCCAAGUAUCCAAUAAAGGUCCCCCGCAUACUGCUAUACCGGUACUGGGCCCCGAAACCGACGUGUUCGACUUCGAAUUCAAACAAUCCGAACAAAAAACCGACUUCGUAAACAUAGUCAACACAGAAAACAGAUACGGAACCGUUUUCGAAAAACCGCCGCUAGAUGGCGACUAUGGACACAUAAGUUUGACAACAACUGUCAGUUUGACAGGCGACGUCAAAAAGGAUGACGUUUACGAGCGAUUGUGUAUGGCGUCGACUUCCAAUAAAACCUCUUCGCCGUUGCCGUUGAGGAAUGUCAAGUGUAUGGAGAAAAUGAGGAAGUCUUCUCUACCUAAUUUGGAAGUCGAGUCCGACUACGAAUAUCUGUUCCCCAAUUCUAGUCAAAAUAAUCGGAAUUUAAUAAAUAACGACGGUAGCAUUGGUAGGAAUUCUGAGGAAGUUCUACCAAACGGUAGAAACGGUAGAGUGUUAGUAACAAACAGUAGAGACGUGAUAUCUAACAGUGACAAUAGUAGAACGAAUUUGACAAACAGUAGAGAAAUCCUACCAAAUGGUAGAAACGUUCAAACGAACCUACCAGUUACCAGAGAUGUGGUAUUAAAUGCAAGAAACGCUCCAACAAUUCUACCAAACAGUAGAGAAAUUCUACCAAAUGGUAGAAACACACAAGUAAAUCUACCAAAUGGUAGGAAUGACACAAAUACUACCAACAGCGAGGUACCUAGGACUAAUUUAAAUAUAGAAUCUCUAAGGACCUUAAGGUCUAACGUCGAAAGGUCACAGAGUCAAAAUGCUUAUGACGUAGGACCUAGACAUAGACAAAAUGAUGUUAGAAGAGUGCCAAAUAAUAGUCCGAAACGGGAAGCUAAAAUUGAAAAAUCAGACCCAACCCCCAAACCGAUAUGGAAGAGGGGUCUAACUGAGUUGUCCCUACUGAGCAGGUUGCGUGGUAUAGGACAGACGAAAAGGCAAGACAGCCCGACCAGGCAUGAAAAUGAAGACAGAGGUGUGACGUCACCAGUGAAAGUGAUCCACCGCUCGCGUCCCGCCGGCAGAGUCGACAGCACGAGGAGAAGAAGCAAUUCUCUCACUAAUAGUCAAUCGCCAUCAGUACCACAGAACCCGUCGCUACAACCGCUGCGCGCGCGGCAGGCGGCGGCCCUGCGCGCCGAGCAGCGCCGGGGGGCGUGCGUAGCGACCACCGUCCCCGUCAGAGACCCGCCGCUAUUGGUCGACUACGAGCGACAAGUGUGGGUGGCGCGAUGGGGCAUGGGCGGCUCGCGGGGUGGUGGGCGCGCGGGGGACCGCGUGUCUGGGCUGGCGGGCACGCAGCCGUGCUCUGCGACGCACGCUCGUCACUUGCUCAAGACGGCACACUCUCCUAUUGUAGAUAUAUUAUUUCACCGGGUGCCGCUCGGCAAAAUCUAUGUGAUAAACAAAACCGACCAAGAGACUUUAGGUAUAAAGUUAGACAGCGAGUGCACAAUAGUCUCCGUGGCGGGCGACUCGCCGGCGGGUAAAGCAGGUCUGCCCCCGCCCGGCCGCUGGGCCGUCACCGAGGUCAACAACCGACCCAUCAACCUUGUCAAGGGUGGUGAGGAGGAGAUGAACAGGAUGGCGAUGCACGGCUCCGAGGUGUCCGUGCUCAUCCAGCCAGCGGCGCUGGUGAAGAAGAUACGCUCCGCUGUCAAAGGAAACAAGCCCUUGUUGGCUAUCCGAUAGAGUUCAUUAUUGAAUGACUUUGUGUGACCAAUAGGAAAUAUGCUUCUAUUUCUAUCAUCAGAAACAAAACAUGUGAAAUUUUUACCAAUUCUCAGUUCUACCGAAAAAAGUUGUGAGAUCCAAGGAAACAAGCCCUUGUUGGCUGUGAGAUAGAGUUCAUUAUUCAAUGACUUUGUGUAAUCAAUAGGGGAUAUGCAUGUAUUUUUGUCAUCAGAAACAAAACAUGUCAAAUUUUUACCAAUUCUCAGGUCUACCGAAAAAAGUUGUGAGAUCCAAGGAAAUAAGCCCUUAUUGGCUAUCAGAUUGAGUUCAGAAUUUAAUGGCAAUCUUUGAGUACCUAAUAGGGAAAAUGCAUGUAUUUUUUUAACCAUCAUAAACAAAACUUUUAAACAUAUACCAAUUCUCGCAAGUCAGUUGUUCUACCGUAAAAAGUUGUGAGAUCCAUGAAAUACCAAUUGGGUUACUUUAUUCAGUCCAUACUAACAGGACCUACUGUCUUAAGUUAUUACAUAAUUAGCUAACCUAACAACAUCUUACAGUGAUAAUAUCAAUAUUAAGAUAUUUUUAAAUCGAUUUUUGGCAUAACAAAACUACGAUAAAAGUAAUUUUGUCUGGUAGCAGCAUCGGUUACAAAAAGUUAGCCCAUUUCCAUCUUAGAUUGCAUCAUCACUUACCAUUAAGUGAGACUGCAGACAAACUUGUAAAUAAUUAAAAAGAAAACAAAGAUAAAUGCUAUGCAUAUUUCCUAUAGUUUUUUUUAAUGAAGGCAGCUAACAAUCCGGGAUUUUUAAUUUUAUUAAUAUUUUGUAAAUGUUGUUUUAUACGCAAUCCUUAACAUAUCGGCCAAAUUGGAGGGACUUCAUUCCGUUAUUUGUAAAAAAAAAUAAAAAAAAAAGAUCUCUUAUAAGGCUGGGCGUCGUGUGGAGAAGCGAAGCGAUAAAAUAUUGUGUAGUUGUUUGUAUUGAAAUAUGAUGCUACUUACGUAGAAUGCGAGGAUCGUUUAAAUAUAACACAGAUAAAGAAUGAUACAUAAUGAGUCUACAAGCAGCGUGGUGAAGCCAGUGAAACCCGUAAAAACCAAACGACAUGAUAUCCUUGACAUCCGCAUAUACAAACUUUUUUUUGCAUAAUUUUUAUUUCAAAAUUUAACACUUAACAACAAUUACGCAAAUUAAUAUAAUAAUCAAUAAUUACCAAUACAAAAAUAAUCCAUCUCAUUUCUUUAGUUUUUGUGAAUAGUUUAAAAUAUUUGAAAACAUUUUUCUUGAAUAAUACUGAAAAUUACUGAUGCGACGCUUCGUGUCUGACUCGAGAUGUAUUAUUUUCUGAAUGUCAUAUUUGGAGCGGCUACGACAACAUCGUGUUCCGUGCGCUCCAUCUGUAUAUUAUUGAUUAAUCUGUGCCUACAGUUAUAAGAAGUGGUAAUUUACACCCUGUAUAAUAUACAAGUGCGCUAGAGUCCUUAGAGUUAUCUUCGCAUGCAUUGCAUGAAACCGUCUUUUGCAUAUAAAAACCCAUCCUUAUCAAUAAAAUCCAUCCAUAUUAUUAUUAUUUUUUCCAUAUAAAGUAUAAAAAAUUAUAAUUUUAAAGCAUUGCAUAGCAUCGCUUCUCCAGUGGCGCACAAGAAUAUUAGCUAUUUUAAAUAUAAUAAGAGAAAAGUGAAUAUUUACCUUUUACAUAAAUUAGCUGUAAGUAUUGUGAUUAUUUUUACACUAAUUAAUAUUAUUAUAUACACUCACUUAUCAUUAUUAUUAUAACACUAGAAUACUGAUUAUUAUUAUUAUUUAUAUCCAAAUUAUUUUACCGCACAUUCACAAUGCUUGUCUAUGAAUGAACACAAGAUGUAAUUUUAAGUCUUUAUUCGUUAUUGUCAAAUUUUAUUUGUUAUUUUCAUCUUCAUUCGUUUUUUAGGCUAAAAUUCAUUGUUUUUCUUCAUUCGUUUUUUUAAACUUUAUUCGUUAUUGUCAAUCUUCAUUCAUUAUUUUAAAUCUUCAUUCGUUUUUUUCAACCUUCAUUCGUUGUUUUUAUCUUAUUCUUUAUUUUUAAUUUUAAUAUUUAUUCGUUAUCUUCAAUCUUUAUGCUUUAUUGUCUACUCGUGAUUUUUCAUUUUUUUUUUUAAGUUCAUAACUUUAAUUUCAAGUUUGUUACUUAAAGUAUUAUCAUAACUUUUUCAUAAUAAUUAUAGAAAAAUAACAACAAAUGUCUAAUGACGAUUCAAAGUGAAUAAAGGUUCUAAAUUAAUAAAGAAAGUUUGACUUAGUGACUUUAUAUUGUGACGUCACUUUAUAGACGCUACUUAGAGGUGUCUGUGAAUGUGUGUUGAGGUUGAAAAAUAAUUUCGAUAUAAUAAUAAUAUGAACUUUGGACUAAGGAAAUAAACAUACUGGGUAUACAUUAUUCUCAAUUAUAGAAGAAACUUUAUCAACAAGGUAAUAGAAAUAGGUUGCUUGUCAGUUUUCGAAAAAAAUCAUAAUGAUAUAAAUGCAAAAGUAAGUCUGUAUGUCGGUCUGUUAUAGUUGGAUGAUAUAUUUAUGGGUUUCGUACACGCGGUAGUGCAUCGCCGCCGCGCCACUACGUCACCGGUGAUACCAAAAAUCUUGCUUGAUCGAUAUUCCGAAUUGUCAUAAACAGUGAUGAUUAGUAUAAAGAUAAAUUGGACUUUUGACCAGCAUUGGAUCAGAAUGAGUCUAUGGCUUAUUUUUUAUUCCAGAAAAAAACAUAUUUCCCGUGGGAUUUGUAAAAUCAGAAUUUCAUGAGAUCGGAGACGAAAGCUUCGUCGUCAUCAAACCAUAUUCGGCUCACUGCUGAGCUCGAGUCUCCUCUCAGAAUGAGAGGGGUUAGGCCAAUAGUCCACCACGCUGGCCCAAUGCGGAUUGGCAGACUUCACACACGCAGAGAAUUAAGAAAUUCUCUGGUAUGCAGAUUUCCUCACGAUGUUUUCCUUCACCGUUUGAGACACGUGAUAUUUAAUUUCUUAAAAUGCACACAACUGAAAAGUUGGAGGUGCAUGCCCCGGACCGGAUUCGAACCCACACCCUCCGGAAUCGGAGGCAGAGGUCAUAUCCACUGGGCUAUCACGGCUGAUCGACGAAAGCUUAGUUUAUAGAUACCACUAUGAUAUUUUCUCGACAUAUGGGAAGCGCAUAUACCUAGAGCUCGAACCCACCACGCUAAAAAUGCGGGACGAUGUUUUUAUUUCCUCGGUCCGAUAUAUGAACAUAUCUCGAACUUUGUGAUACAUUUUACUUUUAAUUAGUGUUUUGAAGUAAAUUGUUUCCUAUA